GACGUUUCUUAAGUGAAUGCGAAGUACCGUGUAGGUGAACGUGAACAUAUAAAUAUUUUAUUGUGUAUUUUUGGGAAAAUUUCUCAGCAAAACAUAAAUCUUUUUGAAUCUAAGGCACAUAACAUCAAAUAUGGGCGUAUGAUUAGGUUAUAGACUGGACAAUCUUCUUUAAAUCCAGAUUGGACUGCUAUCCUGAGCUGUGGAACUUCACGUUCAGUGAUGGCUGAUCCUGACCCGGAAACUCUCUUGGAAUGGCUGAAUAGCGGCCUGGGCGAUGAGCGCGAUAUGCAGCUCAUCGCCCUGGAGCAACUGUGCAUGUUACUCUUGAUGUCGGAUAAUGUGGACCGUUGCUUCGAAAGUUGUCCGCCUAGAACUUUCCUACCAGCAUUAUGUAGAAUAUUCUUGGAUGAACAAGCUCCAGAAAACGUGUUGGAAGUCACCGCUAGAGCAAUCACCUAUUAUUUAGACGUGUCUGCUGAAUGUACGAGAAGAAUUGUUGCGAUAGAGGGAGCUGUUAAAGCCAUUUGCAACAGAUUAGUGGUAGCUGAAUUAUCUUCUAGGACCAGCAAAGAUCUAGCAGAACAAUGCGUAAAGGUAUUAGAGCUAAUAUGUACAAGAGAAGCCGGAGCAGUAUUCGAUGCAGGCGGCUUAAGCUGCAUUCUACCAUUUAUUCGCGAUAAUGGUCAAAGAGUACACAAAGAUACACUUCAUUCAGCUAUGGCUGUCGUCUCAAGAUUAUGCACGAAGAUGGAACCAGCAGACGCCCAACUACCAACUUGUGUAUCCGCACUCAGUUCUUUACUACAUCAUGAAGACAGCCAUGUCGCCGAUGGCGCACUUAGAUGUUUCGCUUCUGUAGCCGACAGAUUUACAAGAAGAGGUGUAGAUCCAGCUCCUUUAGCUCAGCAUGGUCUGGUCAACGAACUGUUAAGUAGGCUCUCUAAUGCUGCCGGGCCAGCAGCUGCCAGUGGUACUCAAACAACACCAGGUAAAACUCCAUCUACAAGUAAUCCAGCAACAGCUACACCUGAUUCCAAAGCGAACGCAGCUUCAAUAUCGACCAUUAUUAGCCUCCUUUCAACUCUCUGUAGGGGAUCUCCUUCUAUAACAUAUGAUUUACUAAGAUCUGAGCUUCUGGAUGCCAUUGAAAAAUCACUAAAAGGAGACGAACGAUGUGUAUUGGAUUCAAUGCGUCUAGUCGAUUUGCUGUUGGUGCUGCUUUUCGAAGGGAGACGAGCUUUAGGAAAAUCUGGAUCGUCUUCAUCCGGCCAACUGAUGCCAAGAAUGAGGCGAAUGGAUUCCGCAGCUGAAAAAUCUCACAGACAGCUAAUAGAUUGUAUAAGAUCCAAAGAUACGGAUGCAUUAAUUGAAGCUAUAGAAAAUGGCGGAGUUGAAGUAAAUUUCAUGGAUGACGUUGGACAAACACUACUAAACUGGGCAUCUGCAUUUGGCACCCAUGAAAUGGUCGAAUAUCUAUGUGAAAAAGGUGCCGAUGUAAAUAAGGGUCAAAGGAGCUCCUCCCUCCAUUAUGCUGCUUGCUUCGGACGUCCAGCGAUUGCCAAAGUUCUCUUACGUCAUGGUGCCAACCCUGAUUUAAGGGACGAAGAUGGUAAAACACCUUUAGAUAAAGCUAGGGAAAGAGCAGAUGAAGGGCAUAGGGAAGUCGCCGCUAUUUUACAAAGCCCUGGCGAGUGGAUGAUUCCCGUAGAUAAAGAAAGAAAUCGCAAAUCGGAAUCUGAAAGCGAAGAUAACAUCGAACCAAAAGGUGAUCCAGAGAUGGCUCCCAUUUAUUUACAACGAUUAUUACCAGUAUUCUGCACCACUCUCCAAUCAACGAUGUUGGCCAGCGUUAGAAAAGCUAGUUUGGGGUUAAUUAGAAAAAUGGUCCAUUAUAUUCAGCCGAAUCUUUUAGAAGAACUUUGUGCUAUGGACGCUAAUCCAAAUUUUGGUACACAAGUAGUUGAAGUUAUCGCUACAGUUUUGGAUAACGAGGAUGAUGAAGAUGGUCAUUCUAUAGUCUUGUUGAUUAUACAAGAUUUGAUGUCAAAAUUACAAGAAGUCUUUUUAGAUCAUUUUGCAAGGUUGGGUAUUUUCACUAAAGUUCAAGCCUUAGCAGGUCCACCAGAGCCACAGGAAACUGAGGAAACCGAUACUACAACUGAAGAACCACCUGAAACUACUCAAGUUGAAGAUGCCAGAGAAAUUUUACCUGGAAAGGCGUACCAUUGGAGAGAUUGGUCCAUUUGUAGAGGUAGAGAUUGUCUUUACAUUUGGUCCGACGCUGCCGCACUUGAGUUAUCUAACGGCUCUAACGGUUGGUUUAGGUUUAUAUUGGAUGGAAAAUUAGCUACAAUGUAUUCCAGCGGAUCACCCGAGGGCGGAGCAGAUACGUCAGGGAAAGGUCGAGCAGCUGAUUCCCUUACAACUGAAGAAAAUCGAGGUGAGUUCCUAGAAAAAUUGCAGAGGGCGCGUUCAGCAGUUAGAUGCGUCAAUAAUUCUACGCCGUUACUAUCAAAGCCUGGUACCACACGAUUAGUAGUAGGAAACUGGUCAUUGACAUCAAGAAAAGAUGCUGAAAUUCACAUUCAUAACUCAGAUGGACAACAACAAACAACCAUUUUAAGGGAAGACCUGCCUGGCUUUAUUUUUGAAUCUAACAGAGGAACAAAACAUUCCUUCAUCGCUGAAACAUAUUUAGGUCCCGAAUUUUCAGCCGGUUGGACAAAUAAGAAAGGAAAACGCCUUCGCUCAAAAUUAGAAGCCACAAAAAUGAAAGUAAAGUAUUUGGCUCAUCAAAUCUACGAACAAUACUUCAGAGUAGCCCAAGCUCAACCCAGAGGUAUUGUGGCUAAACUAGGAAAUAUUGUUGCUCAUAUCGAACGCGCUUGUCAAAAACAAUGUUCAUAUGGCAACAACCGCGAAGGAGGCAACUCUUGGAAGGAAAUCCUUCACAAUGCGUUAGAAGAAUUAACAGAAAUUCUUAAGGAGGAUGGAGUGGUAUCGGCGUAUGAAUUACACAGUUCUGGCUUAGUGCAAGCAUUAUUGUCCCUCCUUUCAACCAGUUAUUGGGAACAAGGUUUAAAAUCAAGCAAAAUGAGCAAGUUCCAAAAACAGAGAGUGCAGGUAUUUAAACAAUGUUUUAGAAAUAAGUCGAAUGAAGACAAAUCUCCUAUUUUAAUACUAGUCCAUAAAUUAAUAUCUGUCCUUGAGAGUAUAGAAAAAUUACCUGUAUAUUUGUAUGAUACACCUGGAACUGGGUAUGGUCUUCAAAUCUUAACAAGAAGACUGAGAUUUAGAUUGGAAAAAGCUGCCGGUGACAGUACUUUAAUAGACCGAUCAGGAAGGAGUUUAAAAAUGGAACCUUUGGCAACAGUAUCUCAACUAGAAAGGUACCUACUGAAAAUGGUGGCAAAGCAAUGGUACGAUUAUGACCGCAGCACUUUUCAAUUUCUCAAAAAGUUGAAAGAAUCAAAAUAUCAAGUUUUCAAGCACACGCAUGAUUUUGAUGAGAACGGUUUAAUAUACUUCAUAGGUACUAAUGGCAAAACGAGCUCUGAAUGGGUAAAUCCAGGACAAUAUGGUUUAGUAACUGUUACUAGUUCAGAUGCCAGAAAUCUACCCUAUGGAAGGGUAGAAGAUAUAUUAUCUAGAGAUACAUCUGCACUUAACUGUCAUACCAACGAUGACAAACGUGCAUGGUUCAGCAUUGAUCUAGGAGUAUAUAUAAUUCCGACAGCUUACACUUUACGUCAUGCCAGAGGUUACGGAAGAUCUGCCUUGAGAAAUUGGCAUUUCCAGAUGUCCAGAGACGGUAAUACUUGGACCACACUAUAUACUCAUACGCACGAUAUGUCAUUAAAUGAUCCUGGCAGUACUGGUACUUGGCCAAUAGAAGUUCCACAAGAAGAAGUUCAAGGUUGGAGACACGUUAGAAUACAGCAGGCGGGUAAAAAUGCUUCAGGUCAGACCCACUAUCUAAGUUUGUCCGGUUUCGAAAUCUAUGGACAAGUAACAAGUGUUUGUGAAGAUAUGGGCAAAGCACAUAAAGAACAAGAAGCGCAUUUGAGGAAGCAACGGCGUUUGGUUAAGUCGCAAUUGCUUAAACAUAUGACAGUUGGAGCACGAGUAGUUAGAGGUGUUGAUUGGAAAUGGAGAGAUCAGGACGGCAAUCCUCCAGCUGAAGGUACUGUUACGGGAGAACUUCACAGUGGGUGGAUCGAUGUCACUUGGGAUCAUGGUGGAUCAAAUUCGUACCGCAUGGGUGCUGAAGGUAAAUAUGAUCUGAAACUAGCUCCAGGAUACGAUGUGGAAACAGCCAUGGCUUCUUCAUCGAAACAAUGUUCCACCAAUAAACAGAAAAACGAUAAAGAUAAACAGAGCGUGCUGACUAGUAGAAAAAGUAGUUCAACGCCUAGUUUACCGGAAGCUACAGAUGCUAAAACUUCAGUUGCUAGUACGGAACAAGCUGCUUCGGCCGAUAAUUUAGCAGCAAAACAAGCUGCGGAAACUAUUGCCGAGAGUGUGUUAUCGGUUGCUCGAAAUGAAGCACUUGUAGCUGUAACAAGUGAAUCUCAAGCUCUUUCGAAUGAAAGUGAACUGUCCGUAGUGGUACACCCGUUACGAGACCCCCAUAACGAUCUCUCUACCAUAAAUAACUCAACAGAUUUGGCGACAAUAGUAGAAAGUUUGGCUUUAUGCGACGCUGGUCCUGUUUCAGCGAGUGAUUCUCAAAAGUCAACGACAAACAGCAAUUCUACAUUGAAUAUUAACAAAUCCAACCGGACUUCAAAAAUUAGUAAUUCCCAAGCUGCCGCCGCAGCUCAAAGUUUUGUAGAAGCCGUUGAAGCUUUAGACAAAUUCCGCGAAGGUGCUGAUAUGCUCAGAAAUAAUACCAAUAACUUUUUGUCUGCAGAACUCCUGCAAUCAGCGUUAAAUCUCGGGCAAAGCAGUCAAAUAAAUCCGUUGUCGAGUGUGCGUAUCUCUGUGUCGGGUAAUUCGGAAACUGAGGACGAAAAACCGCUAAGACGAAAAACUGAUUCUGUCAAGGGCGGCAAUUGUAGUAGUGAUAAAGAUGAGGCUGUGACAAAUACUAAUAAUGCUAAAAACAGUAGUAAUAAUACGAUUGUCGUGAAUCCAAUGAGUGUUAGUGUUCCGAACUUAACUACAGAGUCCAAUAGUCAAAUAGAACCGACAACAACAGCAGUCUUGAAUUUCUCAGGCCUGCUCGAAACGUUUGCAGCACUAGCUCGAAGACGCACCCUAGCUUCAGUAACAUCUUCAAAUGCAUCCAAUACCAAUCCCAACAAUGCUCAGAAUGCCAACAACGCUCAAAACAACCAGAACAGCAGUUCCUUGUUUCCACGUGCACCCAAUUCAGUGUCUAGUCUAGUCCGUCUAGCGUUAUCCAGCAAUUUCCCUAGUGGCUUACUUAGUACUGCUCAGAGCUAUCCAAGUUUAUCUACCAGUAAUAAUCCAGGUAACACUACUGGUGGUAUAUCAACGACAGCUGGAGCUGUGCAAGGGUGGAGUCAAGCUCUUACAAUGAGCCUAACGUCAACCAGUAGUGAUAGUGAACAAGUAUCUUUAGAAGACUUUUUGGAAUCCUGCAGGGCGCCAACAUUACUUGCCGAACUCGACGACGACGAAGAAAUGGGAGAUGACGAUGACAACGAUGACGAUGAAAACGAAGAUGACGCCGAUUAUGAAGAAGUGAUGGUGUCGAGAAAUCUGUUGUCAUUUAUGGAGGAAGAAACGUUUGAAGCUAGACCUACAAAGAGAAGAUCAUGGGACGAUGAAUUUGUGUUAAAGAGGCAGUUUUCUGCUUUGAUUCCUGCCUUCGAUCCCAGACCAGGAAGGACCAAUGUCAAUCAGACUACAGAUUUAGAAGUCCCUGCCCCUGGUCAAAAUGAAACACCCUCAAUAUCAGAUCAUGAGCUACUGCCUCAGCCGAAAUUGCAGUUGUUGCUGAAGGGUCCAAAUAUGCCUGGAAUUCCUGAUGUAGAAAUCGAAUUGAAUGAUCGAUGUUGGACAAUAUUUAGAGCAGUACAAGAAUUGAUGCAAGUGACUGAAUUUAAUUCCAAACAAGAAAAAGUUAGAAGGAUUUGGGAACCCACAUAUUUAAUCAUAUAUAAGGAAUUGAAAGACGAUGGAAGUUACGACAUAGAGGAAGGCAGAGCUACUCCAGUAGCGACCCAGUUUUCUCGUAGUGGAAGUAGUUCCAUCGCUGGUACCACUUUAUCACCGAGUACACCAGUACCUGGCACUCCUUCGGUAUCAAAUUGUACAGUUGAAGAUGUAUUACAGCUUCUAAGACACCUAUUCGUCAUUACAACCUCAAAAGAGAAUGAUCUCAAAAUACUGGAUAAUGCCGAUAUACCAGCAGAUGAAUAUUCCAGCAAGAAAAUCACCAACAAACUUUUACAACAAAUCCAAGAUCCGCUAGUUUUGUCCAGCUCUAGUUUGCCUGCAUGGUGUGAAGAACUAAACCAUUCAUGUCCUUUCCUGUUUCCAUUUGAAACGAGGCAGCUAUACUUUAAUUGUACCGCUUUUGGUGCAUCCCGAAGCAUAGUCUGGUUGCAGACGCAAAGGGAUGUUACAAUGGAAAGGCAAAGAACGCCCGGUUUGUCUCCAAGAAGGGACGAUCCUCAUGAGUUCAGAGUGGGGAGGUUAAAGCACGAAAGGGUGAAAGUUCCUAGAGGAGAGCAGUUGCUGGAAUGGGCAAUGCAAGUGAUGAAAAUUCAUGCUGCUAGAAAGUCCAUUUUGGAAGUUGAAUUCGCUGAAGAGGAAGGAACAGGUUUAGGUCCAACACUCGAAUUUUAUGCACUGGUAGCCGCAGAACUACAGAGGAGAGAUUUAGGCAUGUGGAUUUGUGACGACGAAGCUAUAAGCCUAAACGAACCGGUAGACUUGGGAGAAGGAAUGAAACCUCCUGGAUACUAUGUCCGUAGAGCUUCAGGUCUCUUCCCUGCCCCUCUACUUCAGAAUUCUGACGUAUGUGAUAAAGCUGUUAAGUAUUUCUACUUUCUGGGUGUAUUCUUAGCUAAGGUAUUACAAGAUAAUCGUCUGGUUGAUUUGCCUCUGAGCAGUAGCUUCUUAAAACUGAUGUGUCAUGGUGAAAUACAAAACACAGUAAAUGAACGCAUUGGAUUUGCUGGAGUUAAGAAAACGGUGGAAGAAGAUAUAAUGACAUCGAGUUUUAUUUCCGAAGAAAGUGAGAAAGAGUUAGAACUCGAUCCUCCAAAGAUAAUUAUGGAAGAAAAGAGGCCUUGGUAUUAUAAUAUUUUAGGAGAAGAAGACUUGUAUGAUAUAGAUCCUAUUAGAGCUAGUUUCCUGAAACAGAUUAGAGAAAUUAUCAAACAAAAGCAAAAAAUUCUUCAAGAUCACACUUUGAGUCCAGAACAAAGAAGUCAUCAGGUCCAGAAUUUAUGUUUAAGUCAUUCCUCUGGGCCCGUGCUUUUAGAAGAUCUUGCUUUGACGUUUACAUAUUUACCCAGUUCCAGUAUAUAUGGAUUUUCGGCUGUAGAUUUAGUUCCUAAUGGUGCUGAUAUAGAAGUUAAUAUAGAUAAUGUAGAGGAGUAUGCAGAAUUGACAACGACGUUCUGGUUAGAUAAAGGUAUAGCUAGGCAGUUAGAAGCGUUCCACAAGGGAUUUUCUUUAGUUUUCCCAAUUGAAAAAUUGGCUGCAUUCAGUCCAGAUGAGGUGCGUGUUAUGCUAUGUGGUGAUCAGAAUCCCGAAUGGACUAUGGAAGAUCUUCUUAAUUAUACUGAACCCAAACUUGGUUACACCAAAGAUAGUCCUGGUUUCCUUCGAUUUGUCAAUGUGCUUGUAAAUAUGUCGCCCGAAGAGAGAAAAGCCUUUUUGCAAUUUACAACUGGUUGCAGUUCACUUCCCCCAGGAGGUUUAGCCAAUCUCUACCCGAGAUUAACGAUAGUCCGCAAAGUGGAUGCUGGCGAGGGCUCCUAUCCUUCAGUAAAUACCUGCGUUCAUUAUUUGAAACUACCUGAUUACCCCACCGAAGAAAUUUUACGACAGAGGUUAUUAGCAGCUACUAAAGAAAAGGGUUUUCACUUGAAUUAAACAUGUCACACAGAGCAACUUUUAUCACGUUGAUUUGUCUGAAGACAGCACUCAGUUCUAUGCAUAUACAAACAAGCUUGAUUGCUUUACUACGAACUAAAAUCUUACUUGUGCUGGUUGGGACAGUCAACAAUACGGUUUAAAUUAACUUUGUAUUAUUUCUUUAAGCUACUAUUAUGUAUUUUUAAAAGAAAAUGAAACUUAUUUAAAAAAAUGUACUGAUAAUUUUUGUAAUUGUACCCAUAAACCGAUAGGACAUUU